CGCAGCGCCCGGUGGCGCGGUGCAUUGUGGGCGGGUCCCGGCGGCCGCCAUGGCGCCGCGGGCGGUGCUGCUGGUGCUGGCGGCGGGUUGCGCCGUGCUGGGCGCCGCCGAGUUCAGCCCGUCUCUGGACAGCGACUUCACCUUUACGCUCCCCGCCGGCCGCAGGGAGUGCUUCUACCAGCCCAUGCGCAAGGAGGCCUCGCUAGAGCUCGAGUACCAGGUUCUAGAUGGAGCAGGAUUAGAUGUUGAUUUUCAUCUACUCUCCCCAAAAGGUGAAACUUUAGUUUUUGAUGAAAGAAAAUCAGAUGGAGUUCAUACGGUGGAAACAGAAGACGGGGAUUACAUGUUCUGCUUUGACAACACAUUCAGUACUAUUUCUGAAAAGGUGAUUUUCUUUGAACUGAUCCUGGACAAUAUGGGAGAAGAAGGUCAAGAUCAAGAGGACUGGAAGAAGUAUGUUACAGGCACAGAUCUUCUAGAUAUGAAACUGGAAGACAUUCUGGAAUCCAUCAACAGUGUCAAAGCCAGAUUAAGCAAAAGCGUCCAGAUUCAGACCCUGCUCAGAGCAUUUGAAGCUCGUGACCGAAAUAUACAAGAAAGCAACUUUGACAGAGUGAAUUUCUGGUCCAUGGUCAACUUGGGAGUAAUGGUGGUGGUAUCAGCUGUUCAGGUUUACAUGCUGAAAAAUCUUUUUGAAGAUAAAAGAAAAAGUAGAACUUAAUGUUCAGUAUGGUUAUAACAGUGUAACAGGUGGCAGGGGAAGGAGGGCAAAAACUGCUACAGGAAAAACGACAUUUUUCAGAUUCCUUUAAACUUGCAAUAGACACAUCAGGUUUUCAGUUCUUAUGUUUUGGGGGUUUGUUUUUUAUCAUGAACAGAAUGCCUUGCCCCCUGCUGUUCCAUUUUUUGCAGCUACUAUUAACAACCAUUUUUUAUGCUUGUAGCAUUUGUUAAUGAUCAUUAAUGACCAGCUUAUGAGCAAGCAGUGCAUCAGAAUACUUGGUGCAUAUGCAAAGUAAUGUUAAUACUGUUUGUUUUUUUUUUUUCAAAUUCACAGAACUUAAAAUAGUAACUCUAGCAAUGGGUUUACUUGCUGGUGAACAGUGAGUGAAUUUAUAUACGUGCCUAAGCAUUUAUGGGAUUGAAACCCACAGGAUUAGUCUGGUGUUGCUGUCAUUUAUUUUCAAAAUUACAUGCCAUAAGAAGUCCUUAGCUUGUAGUGUACAGCAUCAUGGAGAAACACUGGGCUAACAUUGUGAGAACAGAAAUAAAUUUAUUUUAAUAUAUAGAUGACUAACAUCAGCACUUUAAAAGAAAAAAAAGCACUGUCUGUGAAAUUGAGGUGAUGUCGAACAGAACUGGAGAAAAUAGAUGCCAUUCCUGUUCAUAAAUCUUAUUUCUGAUAGCUGUACAACCCUCUUUUUCUUUUGGCUGUUACAUAAGGUUCAAAAAACAAGUGACCAUAGGGUAUACAGAUCAAAGCACACACACGGAAGAAUGGUUUGUGAAGGCUAUGCAAUAGUAACCUCAUGUAAUAGGUAGCUUCUCAAGAAGUUCCUUCUCAUGUUAUUCUUUCCCUUUUAUAAGGGGGGGUGUAUCCUAGUAUGUGAAAACAUUACCGUAACGUUAUUUUUGUAGUCUCAAAAUCACUUUUAUUUACCUAUUUCUUUUAUUAGUUUUUUUCUACUACAUGCCUAUGACUAAUGCAGCAGUUAAGUGACUUAAAGGCAUCAAAAACCAAAGCUCUUCAACUAAGCUUUCCCCUUUUGCUCACCCUAACAGGCCUUUUAGGUGCAUGAGUACACUCAGAUCACAUAAGCAGCAUUUGUGUACCAAGCUAUGUAUAUGAAAAGGCAUGAAUUAAGUGAGCUUUAAAGAACAGGCUUCAAAUUUUAGGAUCACAUGAACGUGCCAUAUGACUCAAUUAAGGCAAAGCCAUCCUCAAAUCACUAAUGUGUAAUUUCCAGAUUAAAUGGCUUUUAACAGCAUAGUAAGAUUAUGAAGAACUUUUGGUUAAAACCCCUGAUGUGUGAGAGUUAUUUUUUUUAAUAAUUCAAACUUAGUCUAUUUUACAACGUGACAAGUCACGGUAAUUUCCUGUAUGAAUAUGUUAAACUACUUCAUCACAGAAGUGUCUGAAUGACAGCACGUGUGAAAAGCAAAAUUGCAACUUGGAGACUUUCUGUGAAUAAGGUUAUUAUAUGGAAAUAAGACAGGGUCACUAUCUGAAUGAAGAAACACUGAUAAGGUCUUAGUUACUAGCAAGGGCUACAGGAUAUGAAACAGUGCUUCAACUUCGGACAGUGGGACCUAGCAAUAGUAUUUCUAAAUAGUUUUUAUAAGCAGAAGUAUUAUUCCUUACAAAACCUGUUAUAGAGGACUGUGAAGUAUGCUGAGCUACUUUUUCCUUCUGCAAAUCUGUGGCUGAGAUAAGAUUGUUUAUCUUCAGGUUCUGUGUGUCUUUUUCCCACAUGAUGUCCUGAAUGAGAAAGCUUACUACUGUGAUCAGAACAGUCUAGGAAACAUUGAUUAUUUCUACUAGAAUGGCAAAUAAUAUUUUCCUGUUAUUUCCCCCAUACAUCUCCCAGUACCAAUAUACCGUGUAGCUACAUCUGGAUAUAAGCCGAAGCUCACUGGAAGCAGCUUCCAAAUUUUUGAUCUGGUCCCUUCAGAGCAAGCAGAUCAAGAUUCUUAGGUCUUCAUCCCUUUUGCUAGAAGAAAAACAUCUCUUUGCUUGCAUCGCUCAAAAUGUGAUGCUACAAAACAUCUGCAAAAUGCUGGUACAGCUCUGAAGCUGUGACCAAGACAUCUACCUCUUAUACCAAAGCUACUGGAUUCUAGCUGUCAGCUUAGACCUCCAAAAGAUGAACUCUGCCACCUUUUUCAAGGACACCUCAAGGAAUUAGGCUUGCCAACAAUUCUGCUGUGCUACUCUGACAAAGGUUAUACAUUCACUAGCAAAACAAAUGCUCAUCUUUUUUGUCUAGUGUAUUCGCUUAAGCUUCUCGUGAAAUGAGACCUCUCUGGUAAGACAAAACUGAACUACAGUAGUUCCUCAGACAGUUAGAGACACAACAGUCUCUGGUAGAAGGAAAAUAAUGCAACAAUUGUCAGAGUUCAUCUGAAAAAUUGUUUUGUGACUAAGAGCUCUUGCUAUAUUUUCUCCCCAUUCAAGGCUUACUGUAGAAAACGAAACAGGGAAAAACUGUAACUGUGCUUUGAUAGUGGCAGCUGGAAUGCUUAUCACAGGUGAAGGAUGUGGCAUUUAAGUUUGCCAUUAAAUAAAAUUUCAUUUGGAUUUUGAAGACUAGAUUGCUUUUGAUUGUAUAAAAUUUACAAAGGACAACAUCAAUCUACAAUUUUUUCUUAAUGGACUUUUUAUUCAGAAUUAAGUUUUAAGACUUUAAAAUGUUGAAAAGAAUUAUGCAAUACCC